AUGCCUCGAAAUAGAGUAAGGCCUGAGGAUCGCCAGCGGUCUGUCCAAGCAUGUGUGGCUUGCAAAACAUCCAAGAUCCGCUGUGACUCCCAGCUACCAUGUUCCUCAUGCGUCAGCCGUGACCGUGGUCACUCGUGCAGCUAUUCAGACAGUAGACGAGCCCACCGUCCCCCCUCUGAAUCAUUCAGACCGUCCAUCUCAGGGUCACAAUCGACCACGAUAGACACCGGAAAUGGCGGUCUCGGCCACACCCAGAUUCAAACCCCGAGUGUGUCGACCACCGCUGCUGAGCCCCUGACACCCGGCCAGAGCCCUGAUUUCCGCAUGCUGCUCACUUCCAAGGGCGAAAAGGUGUACAUUGGGGCCACGGCCUCGUUAUCAUUUCUGCAAUUUCUCCGAGAGAAAGUCAGGCAGUGCAUCGGAUCGACCGACUUCACCGAUGGACAUAGUAACAAUAUCAUGUUCGAGGCCGAGCUUGAGGGGGAUGCGACCAUGGUCGUUGACGAAGACCUGGAGGAAAGUCGUCCUCUCAUCGAGUGUUUUCUUGAAGCUACCAGCGGCAUUCUCGAUGUGUUCUCAUCAAGUGAGGUAGAGAUGCUGUGGCGACAAAGCUGUGAAAUCCCUGCUGGCUCCGUGAGUUCGUCACCGUCCGUGGAAGCCGAUCUGGCCCCCUUGUACAUGGCCAUUGCCAUAGGGGCUCAGUUUCGUGCUUCCUCCGACGCAGAUCGACACCUGGCCUCCUCGUAUCUGAGGAAGGUCCAGAAGCUAGCUUUCGAAGGCAUGCUGUACGACACCAGCCUCAGCAUGGUCCGGUUGUUUACCUUGAUGGCCUUCUACAUGAUGGGCGCCUGUCGUCGAAACACCGCGGCCAUUUACUUGGGCGUUGCAUCCAAAGCUGCCGUCGCCCUUGGCCUGCACAUGACCACCGCGCGAGGCGGCAUUCUGGACGAGGAGCAUAGGACCAGAUUACGGCUCUGGCACAGCUUACGGACACUCGACACGGUCGCCAAUUCCAUUCUCGGACGGCCUGGAAGCCUCCCUUUGGUGCGGGUUGAUUAUCUCGAGGGAUCUGAAGCCAACCAGAUUGGAAACGGUAACCAAACCGUUCAAGCAGUUGCGACGGCGUGUUCACUCUUGGAUGAGAUCAUUCAGAACCUAGGCGGCGUCAACAAGAUUGACAUUCUUCAAGCCGAGGAAGCCCUGGUCAAACUGCGAGCGUGGAGCCGAACGCUUCCGGUUGACCUUCGUCGAUUUCCUUGUCAUGACAGCGCUUGUGCGACUUCGGCCGAUCGUCAGUUCGCUUUUGGAAUCUUACACGUAUCCUGCGUGUACUACUUCACGGUCAUUCUCGUCACCCGGCCGUUCUUGACGGUAGAUCUCGUGGGCCGACUGAAACCCAAACCCCGAUAUCCCUCGACACAUCCGGCCGAUCUAGUGGUUGCAUCCAAGGUGUCGAAAUUGUCCCAAGUUUGCCUCACCUCUGCAUUGUACAUGGCGGAAAUUUGCGACAAAUACGCCUCGUCCUGCCUUCUGAUUGGCAACUUUUGUUUUGUGAAAGCCUGGGUCUUUGGCGCAGGAUUGGUCCUGGGCUUCGCAAUCUUCGCCGGUGAAUCUCGGUCCGACAUCAAACAUGGCUUCACCCGCACCUGCGAAGUUCUCAGGGGCCUGGCUUGUAUGAGCCCGCAAGCCAAGCACUACUUUGAGAUUCUUUCUCGGUUUUCCGAGGAUAUCGGGAGGUACCGCCAGAGAAGGGAUCUUGAAAGGCGCAAGGUUAUUGAACAGUACCUAGACAAGAUCCUGGACUUGGACGUCGUUCAACCUCUAGAAAGCCAAUAUUCCCCUGCUGGCCAGAGUUGGGCCACAACAGGGGCUGGUCGCCCAAGGCACGCGAUGACAAUGUCUGAAACAGAGCCGUUCAACUUCGACGCACUGCUCGACAUGAGCGCUGGUGGCCCCGAUGUUCCCUGGGAUGACAUGAGUCAGCUGUCGGCGGCGAAUUUGCCGGACUACGACCCGUUCAGCAUGUUUUUUGACGGCACAGAAUGAAGACUAUACCAUCUGUCUUACUAGACAUGGAAAGGUCGGUAAAAUUCUCGAGCUUAAUUUACAACGAGCCUAGAAUCAAGGGACUCAGAAUCAGUGUUGUAUCUCUAAGAGAGUGUCUGCAGUAAGAUGACCUUCUUGGAGUUUGUCGCCAUACGACAUGUUCAUGGUCUCAGAUAGGCGAUGAGCCGAAACAGGUGAAUUUUCAGCUGGCCCACGACAGUACAGUCCCUAUCAUGGCAUCUCGAAAAAAAGAAAAUACUGUCCGUGAGAUGAGCGUAUGAGUGCC